GUAGUAAAAGUUUGGCUAAUAGCACAGAUUUGUUUAAUCCUCUCGGUUCUUCUCCGCUGACAGGUGUGGUUUUUAUUAUUACCGAAGAUGUGAGUGAGCUCCGGUGAGUCAAAAAGUGAUGAAGAAAGCUCUUGGCUCAUGACGGAGAGCCGGUGAUUUCCUCUAUUUCAUGUAUGGGUGAAACUUGGAAGAACUUUUUGUCAUGUAGUGGAUGUAGCUGCUCAGUCUGAGGGAUGCGCGCGACGACUACUACAUCCGCCAACAAAAACAUCAAACUUCACUGAAGACUUUUCAUUUUUAUGUUUUUUUUUUCCAACUCAUAACACAUUCGAAUCCUCUGGAAGACAUGCCCGAGAAGCUGACUCGUUCCUUGGCCGCGGAGGGUGAACCUUGUCCCGGGACGGCUCGGUGGACUUCAGCGGCAGUUGCGGUGCUCCUCCUCGGCUUGCUAGCUUCGUCCUGCCGGGCAGAGGAGGCGUCCUGUCACGGAGCUUACGACCUCUACUUUGUUUUAGACAGGUCUGGAAGCGUCGCCACGAACUGGGUCGAGAUUUACUCCUUCGUGAAGAACCUCACCGACAGAUUCGUGAGCCCCAGCAUGAGGGUCUCCUUCAUCGUUUUCUCGGCCAAAGCUCAAGUCCUGCUUCCUCUGACCGGAGACAGAUACGAGAUCGAAGAGGGUCUGAAGCGUUUACGGGACGUGAAACCGGCAGGAGAAACGUUCAUGCACGAAGGACUGAAACAAGCCUCGGCUCAGAUCAAAAAACAGACGAUCAAGUCCUCCAGCAUCAUCCUGGCUUUGACCGACGGGAAGCUGGAAGUUUACAUCCACGAGCUCACGGUGAAGGAGGCUGACGAAGCGAGGAAAUUUGGCGCCCGUGUUUACUGUGUGGGUAUCAAGGACUUCGACGAGCAGCAGCUUGCCGACAUUGCGGACACCAAGGACCAAGUGUUUCCUGUCAAAGAUGGCUUCCACGCACUCAAAGGCAUCGUCAAUUCGAUAUUAAAGCGUUCGUGCACAGAGAUCCUGAGUGUGGAACCGUCCAGCGUCUGUGUGAACGAGACCUUCGACAUCGUCCUCAGAGGAAACGGCUUCACCCUGGGACGCAGCAGCGAAAGCGUCGUGUGCAGCUUCAUCGUAGACGAUCAAACCUUCAAUCACAAGCCGAGCACUGUGCUUAACGAUUAUGUGCUGUGUCCUGCACCGAUGCUCUCCGAAGUGGGACAGAAAAUGGACGUCCUGAUCAGCUUAAACAACGGGAAGUCGUUCAUCUCCAGCGCGUACACCAUCUCUGCGACCACAUGUUCGGACGGUCUGGCGGUGGCCAUCGUCUUCCUGGUUCUGCUGCUCCUGGUGGCUCUGGCCCUCAUGUGGUGGUUCUGGCCUCUUUGCUGCACAGUGGUCAUCAAAGACCCGCCACCUCCUCCUCCACCUUCCCGUCCUCCACCACCUGAGCCGGAGGCGCUGCCCAAGAAGAAGUGGCCGACGGUGGACGCUUCGUACUACGGAGGAAGAGGAGCCGGAGGAAUCAAACGGAUGGAGGUGCGUUGGGGAGAAAAAGGCUCGACUGAGGAGGGGGCCCGGCUGGAGAAAGCUAAGAACGCCAUCGUGUCCAUACCUGAAGACGUAGAGGAGCCGAUGAUCAAACGCCCCCCUCCCAAAGCGGCCCCCACCCUCCGCCAGGCAGAGAACAAGUGGUACACCCCCAUCAAGGGUCGUCUCGAUGCUUUGUGGGCUCUGCUUCGGCGACAGUAUGACCGAGUCUCCCUCAUGCGUCCCACCUCGGCAGACAAGCUCCGUAAGCGGAGAAGAGGAAGCACAUCGGCCGUACGAACCAACGGGGUGAAACCCGACACCCCGCCGGCGGUUAGCGGAGCACGCUGCUCACAAACCGCCGCCGAGGCCGAGUUGACCAGAUGUUUUUAA